ACCUGUGGCCUCCAAAGAAGUGAAACCACAAGGCACCAGCGAGCGCUUCGGUGGAGAGAGGAAGAGCUUUCGCCUUUCGCUCCGACGGCGUCCUCCAGGAGUUCACCAUGGGGAGCUUGAUUGGCGAAGCAGAAACUGCGGAGCAGCCCCUGGACCCGAAGCCACUGCACUCACUGGCGCCCAUGUUCCCUACCCCUCCAGGGUAUGAUGUGGCAAUAUCCGACCCACCAUUCUUCUACAUCACACCAAUACAGCAACACCCUGGGCCGGCUGCAGCUUCAUUUGCAGGGCCGCCACCACAGCAACACCCUGGGCCAGCUCCAGCUUCAUUUGCUGGGCCGUCACCAGGGCCAGGGUCCGCAGUUCCUCUCAAGGCUACACCAAUCUCGGCGGCAUUUCCCGCGCGGCGACUCAAAGAGGAAACCUCGGAUGAGGAUUACACUCCUGCUUCCGAGAAGAGGAAACCAUCUUCAUCUUCACCCAAGAGGACAGCCAAGAGGGUUCGGCAGGCCGGAGACUCCACUGCAGCCAACACCAAGCAGAGACCGAUCAGGAGGAGCCUGAGCAAGGAGCUAGCCGGCUGGCCGUCCACAUCGGACAACCCACGGGAGGCGGUGGAGGCGACCAUGGCCAUGUUCGACUCGCUCCGGCGCCGGACGCUGCAGCUGGAUGAGAAGGAGGGCUUGGGCAGGCGCGCCGACCUGAAAGCCAGUGUUCUCAUGAACCAUAACAACCUGAAGAUCAACACCCUCAAGACGAUAGGCCCCGUCCCGGGCGUCGAAAUCGGAGACAUCUUCUUCUACAGGAUCGAGAUGUGCAUCGUGGGGCUGCAUGCGCCAUCCAUGGCCGGCAUCGACUACCUGUCCGCUAAGCUUGCCGGGAGGGACGAGAGCCUGGCCGUGAGCAUCAUCUCGUCCGGCGGAUACGAGAACGUCGAAGAUGAGACCGACACCCUGGUGUACACGGGCCAAGGAGGCAACAGCCGGCGCAAGGAGAAGCACGACCAGAAGCUGGAGAAAGGGAACCUUGCUCUCAGCAACAGCGCCAGCAAGAAGAACCCGAUCAGGGUGGUGCGCAGUGCGCGGGACCCUUUCUCCAUCACAGCAGGCAAGGUUUACAUCUACGAUGGGGUGUAUCGCAUCGAGGACUCCUGGAUGGACACGGCCAAGAACGGGUUCAGCGUGUUCAAGUACAGGCUGAGGAGGGAGCCGGGCCAGCCUGACGGGUUUUCAGCCUGGAAGAUGACAGACAGGUGGAAGGCGAACCGCGCCACAAGAGAAAAUGCCAUCGUGCUGGACCUGUCAUCAGGGGCUGAGAUCCUGCCUGUGUGCCUUGUCAACGAAGUCGACGGCGAAGGGGGGCCGAGCCACUUCAAGUAUGUCACCGGAGUGAAGCACUCGAGACCUCUUGGUAGGAACAGGCCAUUGCACCACUGUGAGUGUACUAGUGUGUGCAUGCCAGGUGACCCCAAUUGUUCGUGCGCGCGGCAGAAUGGCGGCGAUCUUCCCUACGACUUAGACGGGGUGCUCGCGAGGCAUGUUCCUUUGCUGUAUGAGUGCUCUCGUGACUGCCAUUGUACCAAGAACUGUCGAAACAGGGUUGCACAGAAAGGUGUUCAGCUCAACUUUGAGGUUUUCCGGACCGGAGAGCGUGGAUGGGGUCUCCGAUCAUGGGACCCGAUCCGUGCCGGCGCAUUCGUUUGCGAGUACGCCGGUCAAGUCAUGGACGAAACUAACAUGAGCAUGGAUGUCCAGGAGGACGAGUACACCUUUCGCACAACAUGUCCAAGUGACAAGGCUCUGAGAUGGAACCUGGGUGCAGAGUUGCUCGAGGAAAAAGGUGCAGAUGAUGCCACAGCUGAGAGGUUUAAGAAGCUUCCUGUCGUGAUAAGUGCAAAGGAUGCAGGCAACGUUGCUCGUUUCAUCAACCAUAGCUGCUCCCCGAAUCUGCUCUGGCAGGCUGUGCAAUAUGACCAUACCGAUGACAGUUAUCCGCAUAUCAUGUUCUUCGCCAUGAAACAUAUCCCUCCCAUGACUGAACUGACAUAUGAUUAUGGCAUAAGAGGGGCUCCUCCGGGCCUCAAGGGGAAAUCUCCCCUGGCUUGCAAGCUCAGGCCAUGCUUCUGUGGAUCUGCAAACUGUCGAGGUUCUUUCUGACACAAAAUUUGCUGGGCAUAAACAAGGGAAACAAGGUUAUUACGCUGAUGUAUGGUAGGAGUAGAUCGUGGCUGGGCGGUCCAGCGGAGUAGCCAGCGUCUCUGUAUUUUGGACAAGGGAGCAUUCAGAGUAGGCAGCCGUCCUCUCUGUGGUAUUUUGUAUGCCGGUGGUGGCCAAGAGUGUGUCUGGUGGCUUCUGUGAUGCAAAAUCAUGUGUAGUAGAUGUUGCAUAUGCAGGCGUGUAAUGUGCAAAUCAUGCAGCAGCUGUCAUCUAUAAGACCUGAACCAUCUGGCAUCAUGUGUUCUUACUUACUGUUGCACCACCGCUGCUGCUUUUGCUCUCUGAACUGCUUCUGUGAA